UGAGGGGCGUAGCCGCAGCACGCAGCAGCCUGCUGAAGGAUUAUCCCGCUCGCACCCCGACCGAUUCGUCAAACCCUUCCCGUUUAUACCAGCAUACAGCCGCUGUGUUUAGGAGAGAGUCACCGUAUAACACAAGCAAACUUUUACAAAUGGCUACGUACAUUCAUGUGCCAGAUGGAGCUCCCGCUGUACCCAAAAUAAACGUGACGGUGGACGAGAGCGACUUCAGGAGAGGAGCGCUGGAGCUAAUGAAGGAGCUCCGACCGAGCUGGAGGCCGUUCGACGUUCAAAUGAAGUUCUUCACAGACGGGAUAACUAAUAAGCUGUUGGGCUGCUAUGUGGGUGCAGUCAUGCAGGAUGUGGUGCUUGUUCGUAUUUACGGCAACAAAACCGAACUGUUGGUGGACCGGGAGAACGAGGUGAAAAGUUUCAGAGUGCUGCAUGCACACAACUGCGCCCCCAGCCUCUACUGUACCUUCAACAAUGGCCUGUGUUACGAGUUUUUGCCAGGAACUGCACUGGAGCCUGAACAUAUUCGCAGCCCGUCUGUUUCCAGGCUCAUUGCCAGGCAGCUGGCCAAGUACCAUACCAUCCAUGCUCACAACGGCUGGGUGCCCCAGUCUGAUAUGUGGCUAAAAAUGGGAAAAUAUUUUGAUCUCAUCCCAAAGUACUUCAAGGACCCUGAGCAGAAUGCCAGGUUGCUUAGGGAGGUGCCCAGCAUGCAGUGUCUCCGAGAUGAAGUGCUGUGGCUCCAGCAGAGCGUGUCAGUGCUGGGCUCCCCUGUGGUUCUCUGCCACAAUGACCUGCUGUGCAAAAACAUCAUCUAUAAUGAGGAUGGAGAUAGUGUAAAGUUUAUUGACUACGAGUACGCUGGGUACAAUUACCAAGCUUACGACAUUGGGAACCACUUCAAUGAGUUCGCUGGCCUGAAUGAGGUGGACUAUAGUCACUACCCAGAGCGAGCCUUUCAGCUGCAGUGGCUUCGCUCGUACCUGGAGGCCUACAAGGAGUUGAAAGGUCAACACAGUGCUGUGACCGACAGAGAAGUGGAGGUUCUCUACGUGCAAGUCAACCGUUUUGCCUUGGCGUCUCAUUUCUUCUGGGGUCUCUGGGCUCUGAUUCAGGCCAAAGUCUCUACCAUCGAAUUUGAUUUCUUGGGAUAUGCAGUCUUGCGCUUCGACCAGUACUUCAAGAUGAAAGCUGAGGCAGCUGACUUGAAGUUGCCCAAAUAAAAACCUCAUUGUCCAGUCUUCCAGCUUCUCUUCUUCUGGCUGCAGAACAACCUCUAGUGGUCGUUUUCAGUAAGCACCAGUCUGAGCAUCUGUCAAAGUUCAGUGCCUAUAGGUUUCCUCUGAAACUGCCAUAUCUGUAGUCACACCUCAUCCAACCAGAAAAUUGCCCGCUCGUAGUACCUGUAUAGGUGCAUAAAAAGUCGGGCUGAAGUGUAGCACCCACCUCAUUAAUUUUACUGUGGUAGCAUCAGUCUAAACACGGUCAAUGAAGGUCAUCUUGCUCGCCCAGGAAGAUCUCCAGAACUGGACUUUUUGUUGGUCUGGGAAAUCAUUUCUUCAGUUUUCAGUCACUUUGGGUUGGUUGUGACAUUAAUGGUGACCAAUUUCGUAACAGGUGGAAUCACUGUAAUUGCGAUGACUGUAGAUCACCUUAACCACAGCCGGUACCUGGCUACUACCCGCAUGACGUACGGGUCUAUAGGUAGACCAUCGGCCAUGUUCUCAAUCACUCACAUGCACAUUCUUAAUAUCAGCUAAGCUAGCAUCCAGAUUAGCAGCAACAGAUACCUGGUACAAAACCUUUUUGUACUGAAGAUCAAAAACUGGUGAUAAGACUGAGAUGUGAUCGCUAAAGGUCAUUGCAGUCACCCAAAUAAAAUAAGCCACACCCAGCAAAAAAACAACAAAGAAAAAAAAAACUUCCUUCAGGCCUUGUUUUUGUAUUUAUUUUUGCCACCUGAAAUCUUGUACGGCUAAGUGAGACUAAGUGUGAGUGCUUGUAGUACAUUCAGCCCUUUGCAUAAACGUCAGUUGCGAUAUUUUCACUGUAAUUUAAGCUUCAUGUGGUCCAAACUGGGCUCAUUGUAAUCUGAACAUUCCACUUUCAUUUUCUAGAAAAUAAUUUAGUUUGUUGGUCACGUGUUGUCAGUAGUGCUGUUAAAGUGGGCCUGAUGAUCGACUGUCGGUGUGAGCCGCUAACGGCACAGAAAUGUUGGAUGGGCUCGUUGGCACAGCAGGAGAAAUGUGAAAAUUUAGGAUGAAGGGUUUAUCUGUUAAUGCUGUGCAUGUAAUUUAAAGGAGAACUCUGGGAUUUUUUUUUUUCACCUUGGGCUCUAGAUUUUGGGUUGAUCUUUUAAUUUGGGAUAGAAAUUAUUUUAAUCACUCUUGUAUUGAUUUUACAACGCAACACCAUGACAGGUGAGCUGGCUACAUAAUGUAACUACCUAGCAAGAUGAAAACACUCGGGACACAAUUUUGUGUUACCAGUGAAUACGCAAAAAUGUCACUUUUUUUUUUUUAGCUUGUACUGUACAAUUGUGUUAUGAAGUCAAAACCAGUUUUGCAUCAAUUAAACAAAUUUUGGACAAAAAAUUAACCCAAAACCAUCUAAGAAUACAAUGAAGCCCAGGCUGCUGGGGGACUGGGCGGGAUCCUGGAGUCAUAAUCUGUGAGUCCCGAAGACCAACACCACCAUCUGGUGGACAGAGAAAGUUCGGGAUUAGCUGCUAUGCGUCCAGGCAUGGGUCCAGUUUUGCUCAUUGGACCAUAAAUUUCCAAUCCUACCUUUUAACACACACACACACACACACACCAUCAAUUCUUAACUGUGAUACUUGUAAAGAAAAUUUUGAGCUUUUUGAAAAUGAACAGACCACUCCUCUCUUUCUUUAACAAGCCUAAACCAAAGUGCUGACACUUCUUUUUCUUCUGCUUGUACAUAACUGCCACUCAUGUGCUUGAAGAAUAACAUUGACAGUUUUAAUAUUUAUUUACAUGAAAACAUUGAGGUAUGUGACUUUGCCGGGGGGUGGGUGUGGUUGUUUGCUGCACCACAGUUUGUGAAGUGCACUUGAAUUUUCAGGUUCAUAGACACAAAGGAACGCAAGUUGAAGCAACUUUAUUGUUGUUUUUAUUAUUGUGUUAGUCCAGGUCACUUUUAGAAGUUUACAUCUGCUGUAACCAAUAUUCAAACCUCCUUAAACACAUUAAGGUUGGGACUCCACAAAUAGAAGACGCUGCACUUAGUCGCCUGCGUGCCUCCAAAAACCUUUUGUUGUUUUGUUCUUUGAAGGUUUUGUUGAUUAUGCAGUCUUAAUUUUUGUGUAUUUGGUUUGGGGUUAAAGGUAAACCUACGUGGUAGGGUUGACGUACAGUUUGAAGAAUUUUUUUUUUAAAUGGCUCAAUACAAUUCAUCUGAAAGAAGUGGUGACAUUUGCUUUCCAUCUCAGAUUAUAAGCAUUGCAUAGAAUGUAAAACUGCACUAUGUAGCAUAUGUUCAUAUGUACAGUAAACAAUAUUGUUGCUUGGCUGAAAUGUGAAUGAAUGUACAUAAAGCUUCUUGUAUCUUUUUCUAAUAGUGGCAGUAAAGUGAAUAGUUUUUGAUUUUUGUUGAGUGAAAUCUUUACCACUGUAAACACACUUUUAAAAAUAAAUUUUAUUUACCCAUA